UGGUAGUUUUUUGUCAAACACUCGGUUUUACCAGAUCAUCCAUCCGCCGGCCAGACCGUCCCCACGCCAUCACGGUCAGAAAAGAUCACGCCGCACCUAAUCCACUACCGACCCUCUUCCCUUGCGCAUAAAACAGUCGACCCCACCUGAAUGAGCCCAAAAGUCGCUUAACAUCGAAGCAAUCUCACCAGAAAAGAAAAAGAAAAACAUCGAGAGGCUUUCGGGAGACAAUCUCCAAGAAAUGGGCAAGGGCAAGGUCCACCCGUCGCCGUCGCCGCCGCCGGCCGGCGGCGAGACGGCGGAGGGGGUGCUCCUCCGGCUGCUCCCCGCGGUCGUGCUCGCCAUGGCGGCGCCGCUGGGGCCCGAGGGGAAGGAUGUGCUCGCGUACCUCGUCCUCGCCUCGCUGCGCUCCUCGGCGCCGCCCACGCCGGCGAGGGAGGAGCCCUCCGCGGCCGGGGAGGGGUGCGGGAGGAAGCCCCACCGCCCGGAGCUCGCGUGCGGCUGCUUCGGGUGCUACACGGCGUACUGGUCGCGCUGGGACGGGUCCCCGGAGCGCGACCGCGAGGCGAUUCACCGGGCCAUAGAGGCCUUCGACGAGCACCUGGCCCGGCAGGAGGAGGGGAAGGGUGGCCGCCGCCGCAAGAAGCGAGCUGCCUCCUCCAAGGGCAAGGCCAAGGCGUCGGCCGCCGUUGACCCUACGCUGCCGGAGCAGGGGGAGACCUCGGCCGCCGCGGCUCCUGUGCUGGCGGAGGUGGUUGAAGGCGGGGAGGAGGAAGUGAAGAAGACGGUGGAAGAGGAGGAAGCCACCACCGCGUCUUGCGCCGGCGACGGCGUUUCGGAGGAGCGGAGGCGCCGGGUGUGGGGCGCGGUCGCCGGCGUGUUCAACUGGAGGGGAUGGGGCCUGUGGGGGUCCCACUAGUCGGUGACGCCAGCCGAUAUUCCUCGUCAGUGAGAUCUUUAGUUCGUUUAGCCGGUUGGUGGGCUUGAUGUUCUGUCGGGGUUUUAGGUUUGAUUAGUCAGCCAAAUCGGUAUUGGAUUUUUUUUCAUGUACUCCCUCUGAUCCAUAUCAGUUGUCGCUGAAACGGAUGAAGUACACUACUACUUGUAUGUUACACUAGCACAAUGAUAAUAAUGGUGGUGUGGUGGUCGGUGUGCGUGUGUGUAUACAUUAUGCAAAUGGUGUGAAUGUCCAUUUAAUGGCAAGUGUUGAAGGGUUCAA